UCCGGACUGGAAGGGGGGAAGUGUCCGGACUGGAAGGGGGGAAGUGGUCCGGACUGGAAGGGGGGGAAAGUGUCCGGACUGGAAGGGGGUGAAAGUGUCCGGACUGGAAGGGGGGAAGUGUCCGGACUGGAAGGUGGUGAAAGUGUCCGGACUGGAAGGGGGGGAAAGUGUCCGGACUGGAAGGGGGGGGGGGAAAGUGUCCGACUGGAAGGGGGUGAAAGUGUCCGGGACUGGAAGGGGGUGAAAGUGUCCGGACUGGAAGGGGGGGAAAGUGUCCGGACUGGAAGGGGGAAGUGUCCGGACUGGAAGGGGGUGAAAGUGUCCGGACUGGAAGUGGGGGUGAAAGUGUCCGGAAUUGAAGUG